GUUUGUGCUCUGCUUGUCCAAGCCUGUCAGCUGGUUCACCUUGAUCAGGAACAUCUUGUCAUCAAAGUUUGUCAGCUUAUCCAUCACUUGCUUAACAGAUUUCAGGUGAUGGUUGAUGAGCAGAACCUGAAUUUUCUUCUCUCCUACUGCAUCUCUGCUCUUAAGCAGUGCAGCUCUUGGACACAUGUUGAAAUUCUGCAAGCCUUGGCAGCUCUUGUUUACAACAACGGACCUAAGUGUCAGAAGUACCUCCCGGAUUUGCUGGGCAAGACUGGGCUGUUGGUGCAGUUCAGUGAUCCUGCUCAGCCAGACGUGGAGCUCAGGAGGGCAGCGGUACGCGGCAUGGCAAACCUGUGUCUCAGUGUGCCUGGACAGCCAUACUUGGAUGAGUCCUACAGAAGUGUCUGUUUUCAAACUUUUCUAAGUGUUCUGCAGUCUUCUAAAACCUCUGACGUAGAUGACAUCACUUUUUGCAUGUUACUGCAAAAUGCACUGAAAGGUAUCCAGUCACUUCUAAAUGGUGGGAAGAUGAAACUAAUGCAGACUGACCAAAUUGGAUCUCUUCUUGCAGUAUUGAAGAAAUGUAUGUUCCAUGGGCUGCCAGGACUGAGCAUCGAGAUGCCAGCAGCCUUGUACCCAGCUCCGUUACCUCAGUACGAUAAAAGGUCGCCCGUCAAACAGGAACCAUCGGAACCAGCUGCUUGUAAGCAGGCAGGGAACCGAAGAAAAAAGUCCAAAGGGAAACAAAAGAAGGGAGAGUGUGGGGAGGAAGGAAAAGAUCUGGGUGAUGGGGGAAAUGAAUCAGUUCUUGGAGCAGACCUGCGGAAGUUACACUUGGGGGAUGUGCAGAACAGUCCUUGCUCGGAUCCCCGGACUCGUGCAUCGGGUGUGGCGUGCGUGCCUGCUGGAAAGGAUCCCUUGUCUUCACAUUGUAGCAGUUGGAAAAGAAUCAGCAGCAGUGAGUCGGAAUAUUCUGAUGCUGAAGGUGGAAUGCAGAGCAAAACGAGAUCUUAUCAAGCCAAUGUUCGUCAAGGGGCUCUAGCCUGUUUCCUGUCUGCUGUAAAAUCAAUAGAAAAAAGAAUUCUUUAUGGCUACUGGUCAGCGUUUGUUCCUGAUGCACCUGGUAUUGGCAGCCCCCAGUCAGUGUCCUUGAUGACUAUUGCUUUGAAGGACCCUUCUCCAAAGACCCGUGCCUGUGCUCUUCAAGUUCUUUCAGCCAUCCUGGAAGGUUCUAAGCAGUUUCUUUCUGUAGCUGAAGACGCUAAUGAUCACAAGAGAGCUUUUACUCCCUUCUCUGUAACUAUUGCUUCUAGCAUCCGGGAGCUGCACCGCUGCCUGCUGCUAGCCCUGGUGGCAGAAUCCUCUUCUCAAACACUGACACAAAUAGUCAAGUGCCUCGCAAAUUUGGUUUCAAAUGCACCAUACAGCCGUUUAAAACCUGGGUUGCUGACAAGAGUUUGGAACCAGAUAAAGCCAUACAUUUCUCAUAAAGAUGUGAACGUUCGCGUUUCUAGCCUCACAUUAUUAGGGGCUAUAGUAUCUGUCCAAGCACCUUUACCAGAGGUGCAGUUGCUUUUGCAACAGCCCAGUUCUUCAGGGCUAAACAGCAGUGGUAGCACAACCCCUCACCGUUCAAGUUCUUCUGAGCAGUGGAGAAAAGCACUCCCCUCGGAAGGGGAGCCUCCAGAUAAUCCAUCAGGAUGUACGUCUUCAGAACCAUGCUGGCUUCUCCGUCUCUGUGUUUCCAUCAUCAUUCUGCCCAGAGAGGAUUCCUGUUCUGACAGCGAUGCCAACUUUCCAGCAUUUUCCAGCAUUUACGAGCCGUGUCCCCUUCGACUGGAGUCCUUGCAGGUGUUGGCUCUUCUUGUAAAGGGUUAUUUCUGCAUGGCUCAGAGCUAUUUCCUAGAACUUGGAGAAGUGGCUUGCAGAUGCAUGGAAGAAAUGGAUCCAUCCAUUCAGCUCCAUGGAGCCAAACUUCUGGAGGAGCUGGGCACAGGUGUACUGCAGCAGUACAAACCCGAUUCAGCCGUUGCCCCUGAUCAGAGAGUGCCUGUCAGUGUGGUUGUAACUUUCUGGACGAUGAUGUUGAAUGGCCCCUUACCUGGCACUCUUCAGAACUCGCCGCACGCGACUCUUCAGACCAGCGCCUGUGAUGCCCUGUCCUCCAUCUUGCCAGAAGCUUUCAGCAGCCUGCAGAGUGACCAGCAGGUACUGUGUGUCACACUGCUGCUCGGCCUGAACCACAGCGAGAACCCCCUGGUGAAAGCCGCUGCCGCGCGCGCGCUUGGAGUCUACAUCCUCUUCUCUUGCCUUCGGCAGGAUGUGAUGUUUGUGGCAGACACGGCGAACGCUAUUCUGAAUUCCCUCCAUGACAAGUCUCCCAACGUCCGUGCCAAAGCAGCCUGGUCCCUGGGCAAUCUGACAGACACUCUGAUCAUCAACAUGGAAACGAUGGGACAAAGUUUUCAAGAGGAAUUUUCUGAUCUGCUGCUAUUGAAAAUGUUACGGUCUGCGACUGAAGCAUCCAAGGACAGAGACAAGGUAAAGAGCAAUGCAGUCCGGGCCCUUGGAAACGUGCUUCAUUUCCUUCAGCCGUAUCACAUAGCAAACCCCAGGUUCAGGGAAGCCAUCGAGGAAUCUCUUCAGGCCCUUGUUUCCACUGUGGAGAGCGAGGCCACGAUGAAAGUGCGCUGGAAUGCUUGUUACGCGCUGGGGAAUGUGUUUAAGAACCCUGCCUUGCCACUCGGAGAGGCUGCUUGGACCGCGCAAGCAUACAGUGCACUUUCCUCAGUAGUGAAGUCCUGCAAGAAUUUUAAAGUCCGGAUCAAAUCAGCCAUGGCCCUCUCCAUCCCUAGCAAGAGGGAAUGCUAUGGCUCCACUGAGCAGUUCUGCCAAAUCUGGAGUGCCUUGGUGGUAGCCUUGCAGAAGAGUGAAGACACUGAGGACUUCCUGGAAUUCAAGUACAGUGCCAGCCUCAGGACGCAGAUCUGCCAGGCUCUGCUUCAUUUGUUAAGUCUGGCAAAGAGCACAGACCUGCCAGUCAUCAGGGACACCAUAACGGCAAACGGGGAUGCAAUCAAAUCCUAUGUCUUGCAAUAUCUGAAAUGUGGAGCUGAAGAAGGAAUGCACACGGACUCGGGCGAGAGGGAGAGAGUAUUAAAAGGAGCUAUCGAACAUCUCAGUGGGAUGGAGAAACAGCUGGGGGGCAAAGCUAGGGUCCGAGUGGCUGUUUAUCUGGAAGAUGUCCUGGCCAACCAUGCCAAUGCCACGGAAUUAACAGAGGCUUAG